AUGGCCGUCGUACAGAUGGAUGUGCGGGCCCCUAACAUGGACGACAGAGGCACAACCAAAAGCGUUAUGGUGACGCCUCAUACUCAGAGGAAGUUGAGUCUUAAGAAAACUCGUCGGCAUCUACCGGUAAAGAUCGAGAGUAAAGUGGUGGAUGGAGUACUAUACGUUACUCCACAAGACACUCAACGGUCUAGCGAGCUCUUAGUCGCCUCACUUGCCUUGGCGUCCGCUAGUAGGCUGAAUCUAGUCGAGGCCAAGAUCGAACGCUUCCUUAAAGCGAAGCAUUCCGAGAUGAAUGCCUUAGCAGCUAAUCUGCGUAGCUGGCAUCUCAACUCGAUAUCAGAUGAGAUAUUCAAGUCGGAGAGAGUCUUGCAUACCUUAAGAUAUCAGCUUAAUCUAGGAGAGGCUGAUCUACUUGAUGUCCCUGAGAUACUCUGGGAGUUUGACGGGUAG